AUGUAUUGCUGUGCACGUGGCACGUUUCACUGUCAGUAUGCCAAUGAAGUCAAGUUUGACAAAUUAAAAACGAAGUAUAGCAUCGACGAAGAUAUAGUUGUGCAUUAUAUAAUACGAGACAGAAUUCACACAUCGACACGCGACUGGAUCGGAAUUUUCCCAAGAGGAUGGAGCAACCUACAGCAAUAUCUUACCUUCGAGUUUGUUGUCCUAUCACCCAAAACAUCGACUUUGUCCAAUCGCAGCAUCAUGUUUUUACACACGUUUCAUCGAGAGGCGUCACCGAACGUCGAUUACCAAUUUGUUUACGUAAGCAAAGAAAUAGAAAUCCUGGGAGCCAGCUCUUACUUCCGUUUCAUCGUCACCCCGAAUCUUCGUUCCUUCGAUCGAAAGUCGAAUAUGGCGGAUUGUGGCGUCGUGAACGAUGGUCAUCCGCCCUCGAUCGUGUCACCAUCGACAAGUAACACAGGGAAACUGCUUGGAUGUAGUAAAUCGUUCGACAAUAUCCAAUCUCAUCGAAUAUGUCGGUCGUUCGCGGACAACCGUAAUAGAACUUGUCGAUUCUGCUCGAAAUCGGCGUCAUUUACAUCAAACAGGAUUCAGUUUCUGCUGUUGCAUAAUGAACAGCUAGUGGCAAGGGUGGGUCGUUUGGCGCGCGACUUGGAGUUAACGGAAGCAACUGUAAAAAGCGAAAGAAUGGCGCAGGCGGUCUUAACAAAGAGAUUGCAGGUUUACGAGACGUUCGUCGCGGAUAUGUUCAAAUGUUUGCAUCUCACGGGCACCGUGAAGAUCAUGGAUAAAAUGGGGAAAGAGAUCGUUGUACAAAAAGUAAAACCAAAAGGCGAGGCAGACGACAAGCCUCCCCCUGUUUUAGAAAUCUCGUUGUUGAAUCAAUCUCUCGAACUUAAAGGCGACUCGACAACGAAGAUAAAUGAAGCGAAAGAAGUUCCUCGAGUAUCGAAUCUGUCCGAAACAGUGAAGAACGAGGAAGACAAGGUUUCCAAAGACCUCGCGGAAAACUUCUCCGUGAAAAUAGAGCCAAACGAGAGCGAGCGAAAUUUCGAAAUUACUCUGUCAGUGGCGAAGGAACAGUGUCAGCUCGAUAAGCGAAUUUCGAUGUCAACGACGGGGUUUAGGGAGGGCAGUGAAAAACGCGAUUCUUACGUAACGAAAGCGGCCACGGGCGCGGUAAGUCAACGAGAAGAUAAUACGUGCAAUGUUACCUGUAAAGUCGAACAGCCUAACUGUGUCGAGGCCAAGCCGGAAGACGCAGAGAACGUUGUCAACGACGAUAAGAAAACUAUAGGAAAACUCGAUCCGGUGAUAAAUUUCGACUUACCGAAAUGUUGCUGCGACUGUCAUUCGAACGUGUCGAAAACGUCCAAUUCGAUCAAGAAGUUCGACAACGAUAGUGUGAACGAAUGGGUUCUCCAAUGCGAAUGUGACGUGGAGGUUGCGGAUCGAACGUAUGAGAUGAUUGACAAUUACGCAGGGCAACAGCGUAAUACGGUGGAGGCGAAGAAGGAUGGUUUGUCUGCGAUUCUUAUUAAGGGUAGAAACACGAAAUUCGCUGUUAUCAAGUAAUUGACAUUACGCCACUUGUUAUCUCUGAAUCUUCUGAAUCGUCGAUAAAUUCGAAUUGCACGUAGCACAUUCUGAGGCGAAUAAGAGAAUUCACUUUAGGAUUAGUUUUCAACGAAUUUCAAAUUUCUGUAGAGCUAUUGCACCACAACGUGUGCGAACAAAUUCUCAAAACAAUUUUUCAGCGAAUUUAUCGCGCGAAAGAAAACGUUGCCAUAUCGUCAAAAACUGUAAAUACAUGUUGCAGGUAUUAACGCACAAAAUCAAGCGGAUUUCCAAGUGCACUGUUACGAAAUCGAUCGUUGGAUUUGGCUGAUGCUGUCGGUGUAAAUAGUGAAACGUUUAGUCUUAAAGGCAAUUCUCAUUAACUGUUACUCGCGUUUGUAUCAAGUUACUCCGCAUUUGCUCCGAAUCUUGUAAUUUCUUUGUAUUAUACUUUCAAUAAAUUCGAUUAUAAUUCUAACGAAAAUCGUGCAACUCAUCGACGCAAAUUUCUAUAACAAUUCACUUGCGUCGUUGAAAACGUUUCUAUACAUUCGAACAUACUUUACUUUACUUUCGUUCUAUAAAUUAUUUUAAGAUAACGCGGUAGAAAAGUGCGAAAUAAGAUAACGAUUCAAAGUUAGUUUCUCUGUUUCGUAAUGCGAAAGUCGCCGAUGAAACGCGUUUCAAGCGUGUUUCAGAAUUAUUUCCCGUUGACUUUCAUUUUUUCGUCUGGAUCUUUUCACUGCGACAGAAAGACACGAUCGCCCGACGGAAAUUAAAACAUUUCAGCGAAGCACGUGUACCAUUGCGUCGGAACGUUUGAAAAACUAACUAAAUAUAGAAUAGGAGCGAUGCUAUUGUUAGGUUCAACGCGUUUUCGUAUCUCCGAGUUUCUCCUUCGACUUCGCCCUUGUGCAGUCGUCAUGGGGCUUGUCACAAAUUUACGACGCCAGGAAAUUCGCCAAGCACACUAUCGGAUUUUAUUGUAAUACGCGUUUUCGUAUUUUCGCUCGUGCAAGUUCCACGUAAUUUUCUUUGCCAUUAGCCAAAUUGUCUUUAUCUUUUAUUCUCGGCUGUUGUUAUCGUAAGUAAUUACUAAUGCUCGUAAUAAAAUAUUGAAUAAUAAUUCGUUGGUUGGUAAAAUGAAAUUCAUCGUUCGUUUCUUUUUGCAAGUUUGAACGUUAAAAAUUUGACGUGACUUUGUAUAAACAGACUCAAUGAAUAAAUCCUUGUUAACAAUGUAUUGAUAAGUAUUUUAAUGUAGCGAGAGUGGUGUAAUAUCUUUAGUAAAUCAAUAA